UGUCCGCGUUGGAGCCGGGGCGGUCGUGACGUGGCAGAGAGCGAGCGAAGAGGAGAGCGAACCAGGCUUCCUGGACUCAGACCAGCCUCAGUGAGCGGACGCCGCGAGCUCCUUCCAGCGCCCUGCGGUAGCGUAGCGCCAUCCGGAGAGGAGAGGAAGCGAAGGAAAGCGAACAGGAGGGACCGGCGUUCAGGUCGCUGCUUCUGCCUUCCCCUUCGACGCGGCCAGCACCAUCCCGCUCGUUCCUUGCGCCGCAGCCCCAGCUCGGAGCCGCCAUGGGCCUCACCAUCUCCUCGCUCUUCUCGCGCCUCUUCGGCAAGAAGCAGAUGCGCAUCCUCAUGGUUGGCUUGGAUGCAGCUGGAAAAACCACCAUUCUCUAUAAACUCAAGUUAGGAGAGAUUGUCACUACAAUUCCAACAAUUGGCUUUAAUGUGGAAACAGUAGAAUAUAAAAACAUUUGUUUCACUGUUUGGGAUGUCGGUGGUCAAGAUAAAAUUAGACCACUCUGGAGGCAUUAUUUUCAGAACACACAGGGUCUCAUUUUUGUGGUAGAUAGCAAUGACAGAGAGAGAAUUCAAGAAGCAGCAGAAGAACUGCAGAAAAUGCUUCAAGAAGAUGAGUUGAGAGAUGCUGUGCUGCUUAUCUUUGCAAAUAAACAAGACUUGCCAAAUGCCAUGGCAAUCAGUGAAAUGACAGAUAAACUAGGCCUUCAGUCCCUGCGUAAUAGAACUUGGUAUGUUCAGGCUACCUGUGCUACACAAGGUACUGGUCUAUACGAGGGACUUGACUGGCUGUCAAAUGAGCUAUCAAAGCGUUAACUGCAACUGGAUGACUUUCACACCAAGGACAUGUUUGAUAUAAGUGGUCUAGGCUUGUUACAUCAAAAUUAGCUGCAUCUUGGUUAUUAUACAGUAUCUGGAACUGAUUUGGGCAGGAUAUUACAGCAUUUUUACUUAUUUUGUUGCCAAUUAUUGUUCUCCGGGCUAUAUGUUGCUAAGGUAACAAUAGGCCUGGAUUAAAAAGAAAAACUCCUUAAUUUGGAAAAAGUGUAUCUUCUGAUUUUUCUUUUUGUUGUUAGCCUAAAUGCCUGAAUAUAGUUGUGACUUUGAAAUCUAUUGAAUGCUUAUUGAGCCCCAAUUCAAUUAAGUAUAUUUAAAAAAAAAACCCUUCUCUAUAAGUUACCAGUAUCUUGUUUCAUUCCAUAGGACAGUCUGCUGACUUAAUCUAGCAUUCCAUUUAUAUUUAUUUCUCUCCCUUAUAAAAACACUUCCUAAUAUUGCCAAGAAAAUGCUCUAAAACACUAUUCAAAUCUUCUGCACUGAGGAACAUUUUAUUAACCCCCCUCCCCCAAUUGACCCACUUUUGCCUUUGUGUGAACUCAGCCUGAUAAUACUUACUGUGCUGGUUGCAACAAGCUCAUUGGAGUUUUUAAUAUUCAGCAGAUUGUCUUUUUUUUCUUUUUGCAUGUUGCUUUCAGUAUCAGCCUGUUUUGCCCAGUGUAUAAUAGUUCUGCUAAAGUUUUACUGUUUAUUGGUGAACAUAUCUUCAUGAAGAGAUUUUGAAAAUUCUUCAGACUCGAUGGAUUAAUUUCUUUAUAACCUAUUCAGAAUUAUUCCUAAUUAAAAUGAUACAAAUGUAUAGCUUUGUGUAUGCUCCUUGAAUCUUACGUUUGUGGAACUGAUAUGAAUGUGUGACAGAUUCUUUUUCAAUAAAUGGAGUUUUUUCUGUACCUUGAACACAAACAGAUCUGAAUAGACUUUGAGUUGUUUUCAAUUUGGCAAAAAAUUAAGAUGGGCAGUUAAACUUGUGUACAACAUAACUGAUUAAUCAUCAAAGCUAAAAUCUUGUAAAAGUGUUUUGAAGCUGUAAAUCUAACUCCUUUUAAGAUGUCCAGAUAUGAGCAUACUUAAGAGUUCAGAAUUGUAAUAAAGUACAAACUGCCCAAAGAGUCUGUUUCAUUAAUGAUUUGACAGAACACUGUUUGCUAGUAAUUGUCCUGUGAUUCCCUUCCAUGUGGUCAACUAUUUGAUGCUACAUAUUCUAAUAGCUGCUUAAUAUGGAAACACAGGAACCCUUAUAUAUACUCUCUCAAAAUCUGAAUUUUCUAAUUUCCUUUAAUCUGUUAUAAUCGGCACCCAAAAAAUGCUGCAUUUAAAACUGAAUUUUUAAUUUAUUGAAUUACUUUAUAUUGUUCAAAUAAUUCUCCGAACUGCUAACUUGACAUCAUACAAACAUUAGCUUCAUACUUCAUAAAGCCAUAAUACCUUCUCAGGCUCAUUAUACUUUUGAUGAAUUAUGGUAUUUAAGAAAUCAGCAUACUUGGAGAACUGCCAUCAGUACUUUGCAAACAUGUUGGGUAUGUAAUAGUGGUAUGCAUUGUCCACAGAAUCCAUAUUUCCAUCUACCUCUUCAUCCUAGUUAUUAAUAAAAAUGUUAAGGAA